GUUCCCACCCGUUCCCACCCAACGGUCUAUUCCGUGAAAAACAACUGGCCAUAUCCCAAGAGGCCGUCGCCAGCUUACCUUACCUGCGGCCUUGAAAACCCAUCUAUUGCCCUCGAAACAAAACAAGACAAAACUCAGACGCGACGACCUAAAAACAGGUUGGUAACGAUCGCUCAGGCCUCCGGAUCAAUUGCAUAUGCACUUGUUCGAGAAAACUCAACUCGAAUACCUGUCAUACUGCUACUACCCCCCCAAAGUAAUACAUUGGUAUCAGUGUUGAAUCCGUCCCGCCAACACCAACGCCAGCGCCAGCAUAAAACAACGUAGCACCGGCGCACCGUCCUAACAACGGAAAACCAGUCGACCCUUAAAAACCGUCCAGGCGUCUUUCGUCAGCCUACUAGAACUAGACCUGGUCCCCCAGCCCUUUGCUCAGGCCCGCGACACCCACCCACACGUCACUGUACUUGAGAACAGCGCUCGUAUCGCGAUUUUCCCACCUGUCGCCCGGGGUUCGCGCCGCCGUGCUACAGCCAGCCUACAUCCCCGCCGAGGCCUUGGGCGGCUGGAUCAUGAGCUGUACUCGCCCUGGUUGCGCGUGGAGAUGAGCGAUUCCCAAUGUCAGGCUGGCUGAAGAGUGGUAUGGGUAGUUCUUCACCCUCAGAAGAACCUCGGUCUCCUGCCGCUUCUCCAGCGCAAGCUCUUGGUGGCAGAAACAAAAACACAGACAAGUCCAGCAAAGCGAGGAUAUCUACCCAGAAGCCGCAAACAUUCUCCUCAAAGUCAAAGGCGACAAGCGACGCCGCGAAUCAAAAUGAGGCCGCGCCUCGCGCCGAGGGCUCAAGUCCCGCCAUGGAACUUGCCGCCUACCGAGAACAGCUGAAGAAACAAAUGAGUGCCAUAAGUUCUCAGGAGCCGCCCAGAAAUAGUCCGAAGAGGCCGUCUCCGAUCGCCGAGGAGGAGAGCCCUCCCCCAGGAAUCAAACCUUUUGAUUCUGGCCCUGCGACAACCGCAUCGACGAAUUCCUCAACAGCCACAAUCCGCGGCCUUGCCACACCAGGGGUAGCCGCAAGGACGCCCUCGUAUCCGUUUCCCCGCAUGACCUCCAUGGCAGGCCUUCCAUCCCACCUGCACCGGCCUUUCACGGCGCUGUCGCCGACUGGUACCCCCGAGGCCAACCCGGCCAGCUUUCAAGAUGUUCCGAGCGCGCUCGAUAAGAUCCUUUCGAAUCCAUCCACGCCUGCCUCUACACUCACCUUCCAGCCACAUGGUGCAUCUGUGUCAAACGAGGAACCAACCGACUUCCCAACUCCCAACCUUUACGAACUUUCUCUGAUGCUGUCGGCGGAACCUGGAUUAGAUGCAUGGUGGCAGACUGUCGUCCAGAUCCUGACCGAGGUUUACAAGGCAGAGCGAGUGACAUUGGCGGUACCAGCCGAUACGACGGAUAUCGAGAACGUGCCAUGGGGCCAGAAAGCUACAUACAAUGCAAGAGGUGAGGACGACCUGAGCAUGGCUUACAUGGCACGUGGGAGUAGCGUAGUUCCUAGCGGCACGGAUGUGAGGUCCGAGAUCACCGCUCAUCCCGAUCUGCAAGGUCUGCUUUCCCCAACGACGCGUCCAGACCUCUCGAGCCGGCACUCUUUCACCUCCUUUGAAAGCCGUCAGAACCUUGUGUACGCCAAGGAUACGGCCGCAUCAAGUUCUCCCCGGCCAAGCCCCAUGCCACGGAGCAAGAGCUCCUAUCCCGUUACCGUUGCCGAAGUAGAGCUGGAGGCUCGGGAAUCCCGUCCAGCACUCAGCCAGAAGGUCUUGGAAGAACAUGACGCAAUCGCGGAUGAUGUUGCCGACGUUCCAGGCUGGGGCUCGGCCCUAGCACCUCCGACACCGACCCAGGCCAGAGUUCUUCCAAUGCUCCAGGCACUCGAUUUCGAGGCCGACCCCCUCAUAGAUCAUAAUGGCAUUCGAAGAGUCUUGGAAAGGGGCAAAGUCAUCGCAUUGACACGCAGCUAUCCAUACUUAGAUCACCAGCAGCCGCCAGCACAAGCGGAGGAGACCAAGGGGAGAACGAGGAGUCGCUCACCAGAUGGGCCCAAAAAGCAACCACAGCACAGAAGACCACGCCCAGAGUCCUUUUCAAAACUCUCGUCAUUACUUGGGGGUGCGCAAAUGUACCGGGGCUCAAAAGGAGGUUGGCGUGGUGAUAAAAAGAGACAGGGUGGUGUAGGGUCACGGCUGGACGACGAAGACAUGCCGCGACCUCCUACCCCUAAAUAUGAGGAGUAUGAGCAAGCGCCUCCCUCACCUUGGUCUCAGUCGCCGGCCCCAUCCCCAGCAAUUCGUGCGGAGCCAUCUGAGAAUCCUUUCUUCACCGAUGCGGUUGUAGACGAAGAUUCUUUCAACCCUGCAUCCGCCCCUCCCCCCGACUACACAGCGUUGAAACCGCCAGAGACAAUUGGCGUAGAUAACUCAUGGACGGUCCUUCACAUACCGUUGUCACAUGUUCUACUUUCACGGCCGACUGCCACCUUCAAACUUGAUACAAGCACGUUGGAGAGGAAGUCACACAUACGCAGCAAGAGUGCUGCAGGUGGCGGCGAUCCAUCCACGCCUGUAUCGGCGUCUCCCAGCUCGGGAUACAAGGAAAAGCAUUCUCCCAUAGCAGUCCUGUCAAUUCUCAGUCCCAUAAUCCCGUACCCAUCCAACCUUAGACAUUCGCUUGCCCACCUUGCACCCCAUCUGGCAACCUCGUUCUCACUCUGUCGGCAUUAUACAAACCUUGAGGUCGAGCUUGCAGGCCUCCAGAAGCGCAACCCGGAUUUUAUUCGAUACAGCAGCAGUCUUGGGACAGAUGGUCGACUGAUUGCUGAUCCGGUUGGACUUGAGCUCACGUCCGGUGAGGUUUCUGAAUCGCAGAGAUCGCUGGGCGGCAGUAUGACCAGCCCUAGUGACUAUUCAGUUCCAUCUCGCAGUGCCGCAGGAUCCGCUGUUGGAACGCCCAGUUGGGACGUUGGUAACCUGGGCUUCGUGACCGAGAAGCGCCAAGUUGCUGCUAGCCCACUAGUAACUUCAGGAAUCGGUGACAGCUACUUCAGUGCGAAGCCCACUUCCUCGACCGGACGAGGCCCUGGCACCCCAGGUGCAGUGAACCCCAAGGAGAGGAGAAAUUCCCGGGAGAGCGCUGUUGGCGAGAAGCGAUUCCUUAAAAGAAGCUCGGGUACAAAGGGGCAAUGGGUCCAAGACUCUGCUAUUGAAGAUCAAGAUCCGUCCGAGGAGUCGGCAGUCAAACGGGCCUCUGAGGACUUGCACUCGAUUGCUUUGGAUAAGAACGAGAAAGCGACAGACUCGGCAGAUGGCCAGAGGAGAGGAAGCCGCACUGGCCACAAGCACACCCAGCUGCAUUCAUAUGGUGCCGACUUCUCCCACACAUUUCAGUCUCUACCACCCAGUUCAACAGUCGGUAUGAAGAGCCAGCAACCGCCCUCACGGAGUGGCUCGGGCUCUGUGCCCCGCGAAAUGCUCCCGCCAUCGGACACCCUCAAAGGCCUCAUUCUCGAUUCACUACCUGCUCACGUUUUCGUCGCCCAACCUCCAGCGGGAGACAUGCUAUGGGUUAAUAGCAGAUACCUGGUCUAUCGUGGUGUGACACCAGCCGAACUCGCGGCCGAUCCAUACGGUAGUCUGCAUCCUGACGACAAGGAAGAGUACAUCAAGGCGUGGACGUACUCCCUGCGAACAGGUGAGCCUUUCUCAAGAACGGUCCGUAUCAAGAGGUUCGACAAUGCGUAUCGUUGGUUCCAGGCCAGGGCAAUAGCGACUCGUGACAAGCGCAACACGGUCCAGCAAUUUCUUGGAUCUUACAUGGACAUCCACGAUCAACAUACAGCAGAGCUCAAGGCCGCUCGUCAAGAGGAGAUCGAGGCGUCGGAAGCCAAACAUAGACUUCUCGCCAACCUCAUACCCCAGAUCAUCUUCACAGCGACAGAGGAUGAAGGUAUCACUUUCGCAAACGAGCAGUGGCUUUCGUAUACUGGACAGAGUUUUGAAGACUCGCUCGGCCUUGGCUUCAUGGACUAUGUUCACCCGGAUGACCUGGCAAAGUGUCGCAUACCGACAGAUUUCUCGUUGAGCGCAGUGAAUACGCCCAUGCCCUUUGAGUCGGCUACAGUGAAGACGCCGCUGCCAGGGACACCCGGGCUCGGCCGUUCAACUGGCACUGCAGCAGUUAACCGGCCCGUACCAAACCCAGGUAGCACCAAACUGCGUGAGAUGCUUUCUAGACACAACAGUUCUAGUAGCUCCUCUAGUAGCGAGGCAACGUCGGCCGGAGAUCUUCUGCGGUUGGCCAAGAAGGGUGUGAUCAAGGCUGGCACGGACAGCAGCGGACGCAUAUCGUAUACGACCGAGGUUCGCCUACGCUCCAAAACUGGAGAAUAUAGAUGGCACCUGAUCCGUUGUGUCGAGAUAGGCGGGGUUAACUGGGGAAGUGGCGUAAGCUCUUACUUUGGUUCAGCAACCGAUAUUAAUGACCACAAACUGUUGGAGACGAAGCUCAAAGAGGCCAUGGAGUCCAAGGGAAGGUUCCUCAGUAACAUGUCACACGAGAUCCGCACACCUCUCAUAGGAAUCUCGGGGAUGGUGAGCUUCUUGCAGGAGACAACCUUGACUGAGGAGCAAAGGGACUACACAAACACGAUCCACACCAGCGCAAACAGCCUCAUCAUGAUCAUUAACGACAUCCUCGACUUAUCUAAGGUCGAUGCUGGCAUGAUGAAGCUCAAGUAUGAAUGGUUUCACACGACAUCCCUGAUCGAGGCCGUGAACGAGCUGGUCUCGACCAUGGCGAUUGCCAAGGGCCUUGAGCUCAACUACAUUGUUGAGCCAGAAGUGCCGGCCUGGGUUAAAGGAGACAAAGUCAGAAUCCGCCAGGUGCUUCUCAAUGUCAUUGGCAAUGCUAUCAAGUUCACCUCGGAAGGUGAGGUAUUCAGCCGAUGUAGCGUUGCUACUGUCAAAGAAAACGAGAUUGGUGAGGAUGAGAUCAUGUUGGAGUUCUCCAUUAUUGAUACCGGGCGAGGCUUUACCAAGGAUGAGUCCGAGCUCAUUUUCAAGCCGUUUAGCCAGAUAGACGGGAGCAGCACCCGUCAACAUGGAGGCAGCGGUCUGGGCCUCGUCAUCUCGAGGCAACUGGUAGAGCUCCACGGCGGCCAGAUGAACGGCACUGCGACCCCAGGCAAAGGCUCAACCUUCACUUUUACGGCAAAGUUUGGGUUGCCGACAGAUAGCGAUCGUCCGGAGUCGCUAAGACCAUCAUCGUCAGUUGAGCUUGUCUCGUCGUCGAGCAUACCCGAAGGGUUGCAAGCAGCUCGGCUGUUCAAACACCCAUCUCUACCCAUGACAAACUCGCCUUCGGUGCUGAGCCCGGCGUCGACGGAUCCUAGUGUUACAUCCCCGGCGACCGGCUCGAGUGCAAGCUCGGAUCCUUCAGUUCGGUCCAACAAAACGCACGACACAGCCAGAACUUCAAUCUCAUCCACCAACGCGGGUUUGGUGAACUUCAGUGAAGCUGCCAGGGCAAGUGGUCAAGACCUGUCACAGAUGAAGCUUGAAAUGCCCGACAUGUCAACCGAGAACACGUCUUCAAAUAACUCGAACUCGACGCUGACCCCUGAUCUUGGCCCACCACGACAGCAGCGCGGUGAUGGCCAGAGGCCCACCAAGUAUUCAAUUCUAGUCAUCAGUCCCCAGACUCACAGCCGCGAAGCAACCACCAAGCACAUCGAGAUGACGCUACCCAAGGAGGUCCCGCGCAAAAUCACCCCACUUGCAACUGUUACACAGGCGCAGCAACUGAUCAGAGAGGCUGACGCUAUCACCUUUACCCAUGUUGUCGUUAACCUUCCGUCCACCGAUGAACUGAUCGGCCUGAUGGGCGAGCUCAUGAGGUCCAAGCUGCAUUCGAAAGCGACUGUCCUUAUACUAUCGGAUUCUGUCCAGCGCCAGGCCAUAGUGAAGCAGGUUGCCGGAACCGAGUUCGAGUCGCUGAUGUCGGAUGACAAGGUGAACUAUAUUUACAAGCCAGUAAAGCCGUCUCGAUUCGCCGUCAUAUUCGAUCCGAGCCAGGAGAGGGACCUCAGCAUAGACAGAAACCGGUCAACAGCCGAGCAGAUCGUCGAGACGCAGAAGCAGAGCUAUGCCGAGAUAGAGAAGCGGAUGGGCAAUCGCGGGCUCAGAGUGCUCCUAGUGGAAGAUAACCCAAUCAACCAAAAGGUACUUAUCAAGUAUCUCAAGAAGGUCGGUGUGGCAGUGGAGGUGGCGCGGGAUGGCGAAGAGUGCACAGAGAUGGUCUUUGGUCACGGACCGGGUUACUUUGCACUAAUCCUGUGCGAUUUACACAUGCCCAAGAAGGACGGGUACACAGCCUGCAGGGAAGUCCGCCAGUGGGAGCAGCAAACCCCUGACGGGCCCAAACUACCCAUCAUUGCCCUGUCAGCCAACGUGAUGGCAGACGUCCAGGAAAGGUGCAUACAGGCCGGCUUUGAUGCCUAUGUCACAAAGCCCGUAGACUUUGUGGACCUCAGCAACACGCUCGCCCGAUUUUUCUGAAUCCUCUAGGCGCCCGCCGGAACCUCAAAUUGACAGUCAAUCACAUCACAUCAUUCAAACCCCGCCGGACCGACCAGUCAACCCUACCACAUAAACUACCUAACCCUAACCUGCCUACCACCUACCUCACUCUCCCAAUCGAUUCUACCAAAAGCCUGUCACUUAGACUCACUUGCUCAUACACACGCAGACACACACAUACACAACUACAUGGCAUCAUCAAACAGCCAUAAGCACAAACAUUGUUUGCACCGUUAUAAGCUUCUUCUAUUAAUCCCAAUUGUACAUAAAUAAUAUUACUGCAUCGACAUUUGGAUAGAGAGCGGCGGUUACACGCGUCACGUUUUUUAUGCAUUCUUAGUCGUAAAAGCUUUGUCAAAUAUAUCAUGUCGAAAUGAAAUGCCUCUAGAACUGGUUCCGGGAUUUUCUCGUAUGUCGAACAUGAGCAGUCAGUCUGGC